AUGGCGCCUUUGAGGACAGCGCAAGCGAGAACGAGACCGCGGCGCUCCGUCCCUAAGGCGCAAAUAAAUGGCUAUCACGAUUCCGACUUCGACACCAUGCCCUCCACCCCGCAAGACGACGAACCUCCUCUGAAGCGCAUGCGGACCUCAAGAUCAGCUACAACCUCAAGGUCCAAAUGGAUCCCAGGCGGAAGAGGUGGCGGUGGUAGACACGUGGACCUCGAAGAUGCGGGUGCCGUAACUCCACCACCCAAAGCCACCCCAGCCCCCAGACCGCGAGGGAGGCCAAGGAAAGACGCGAACAAGACGUUGCCGCCUAGAACCCCCCGCACCUCCGCGAGAAGUGCCAAUCGUGCAAGUGCCCAACGACCGAGAUACAGCACUGCUGCAGCCGCCACUGCCGCUGCUGCGCACGGCGACGGGUACAAGCCUAGAGAAGAGCGGGGAUGGGAGGAGUUCCAUGCUGACCUCGAUCUGGAGGCCGAUUUUGCUGUAAUUGCGUCAGAAGCGAUUGAUGGAACAGCCAAGAAGCAUGCCGCAGAUGGUGAGGAUCACGACCUGCAGAACCAUAGCGGAUCGUUCCAGGUUCCACCUGCCCUUGGAUCGCCGAAGAAGCGAGGGCGACCGCCCGGUCGUCGCACCGAUUCCAUGCUCCAUGCACUCCUGACACCAGAGACACCAAAAGUCGUUCCGCCUCCCGGGCCUAACCCGCGCGAAAGGCUGACACUACCGAAGCCUUCUUUCCGAGAGCUUGAUCCUUUCACAGCAUAUGAGGAGGCAAAUGGGGUCAAUUAUGUUGACAAGACCAUGGCCAGUGUAGGAUAUCAAGAGAGCGAGGUCUUCUUACGGCCUGAAAGAGCCAUGAUUCGGCAGACUGAAGGAUCGGCCGAGGAAGAUCUUGAACUCAGCCCUGAUCUGCUGAUCAAUGUCGAGAACUCGGCGAUCGGUUCAGGUGGUGUUGGCCGAGUUGAGUACGAUAUGGAUGAGCAGGAUGUCAAAUGGCUCGAUGCUUUCAACCGAAUACGGGUAGCCGAUGGUGCAGGCCCGAUUAAGCCGGCCAUCUUUGAGGUCACGAUGACGAAGAUCGAGAAAGAGUGGCAUGCGCUUGAGAAAAGAAUACCGAAACCAAACCCCAAAGCGCCACAAACGCAGCGACCACGAUCAAGCUCGGCGGCGGCGGUCAAUGGAGAACCUGCUGGUGAAGAAGGUGACACAAAGUGUGCUAUCUGCGACGAUGGUGACUGUGAGAAUGCCAAUGCGAUCGUCUUCUGCGAUGGAUGCGACCUGGCUGUGCAUCAGGAAUGUUAUGGCGUACCCUAUAUCCCGGAAGGUCAGUGGCUUUGUCGGAAGUGUCAGCUCGUGGGCAACUCCCGACCGAGCUGCAUCUUUUGUCCGCACGAGGGCGGAGCCUUCAAACAAACCAACAACGCAAAAUGGGCUCACCUGUUUUGCGCGAUCUGGAUUCCGGAGGUGCAGAUCGGCAACCCUUCACUGAUGGAACCGAUAACCGAUGUCGAGAAGGUUCCACCAAGUCGUUGGAAGCUGUUGUGCUAUAUUUGCAAUCAAGCAAUGGGUGCAAGUAUACAAUGUAGCGACGGAAGGUGUUACCGAGCCUUUCACUUGACUUGCGCACGCCAAGGCGGGUUAUACCUUCGGAUGAAGACCGGUGGCGGGCAAAAUACCCUGAUGGACCAGGCCGCAUUGCGCGCUUACUGCCAUCAACACUCCCCCAACGAUUGGAAGGCAGACCACAACACGGAUCGGGCCUACGAGAUGACGGUGAAGCAUUGCAAGAGCCACUUCAAGGGUCAAGUCUGGGCGGACAGCCGGGCUUCUGCGCUCGCAAUCGACGAUACUCCCGGACAAAGCAACGAGAAGGGCCCGCUCAAAGUUACACUCACAAACAAGAAGGGACAGAAGCAGAAGACUAUCUGGAGACUACCUUCUGGUGCGCCUGUUAUUCCUGAAGUCAUCCUCAAGUCCAUCGAAGACUCUCUCGUGCGCUUCUCGGUGCAGAAGAAGAAAGAGUAUGUCUCGGAGCUUUGCAAAUAUUGGACACUGAAGCGCGAGGCCCGUCGUGGCGCUGCCUUGCUCAAACGCCUUCAGUUGCAAAUGGACACUUUCAGCUCUUUCGAGGUGACACGCCGCGACUACAAGGCCCAAGGCUCAGUUGGUCGGGCGAGGCUUGAUCGGCGUAUCGAAUUUGCGGAGAUGCUAGAGCGCGAUCUCGAGCGCAUCCGACAAAUCUGUGAAAUGGUCAAACAGCGCGAGGCUGAUAAGCUGGCGGAGGCGCGAUUACUUCGGGACACUAUCAACAUUGUCUACUUCCCCAUGCCCCCUUUGCUCGAACCAAUCGUUGACAAAGCUAUGAAGCACGACAAGGAGCGGAUGUAUCGGCAAGGCUUGCUAGCCCUCAAAGACCGUGCCCGUGAAGGAGUCUUUACCUCUGUGACGGCUUUCUCGAAAGAGUUUGCUCAAGUUUUCGCCGACAAACUCGGGUCAAACGCGUCGAACUUCUCCGAAAUCAUACAGCAAGUUAGCGGCCGCGCUGAGGAUAUGGCUCCGGAGCAGAAAGAAAUGCGCUCACGAGCCCGCCAUAUUCUACGAGCGUGCCAACCAUUUCUGGAAGAUGCGAUACGGAAAGAGUCCGAAUUGACCGGCCGUCCAUUCGCCCAGCAGAUGAAAGAGCUUGAUCAAGCUUUAUUGUCUCGGCGGAACUCGGCAAUCGAUUACGCCAUGGAGGAUGCAACCAUUGUCGAGUCGAUAGAGCAGGCCAACGGUGUUGCUACACCUGAGCCGCAAGAUGUCGAGAUGCAAGAUGCAGACGAGCAAGUGCAGGUCGACGUGAUAGCUGAUGCCAAAGAUGUACCGGACGUCGAUGGCGCUGCAGCCGAAAGUGACACCGAACAUGGUCUUAGCGCUGUUGCUGACCUGGCUGCCGGACUCGCUGCAAACACUCCUCCUCCUUCUACUAAUGGCAUCAAGCACGAUCAUGAUACGGGUCCAGAGACGACUAUCAAUGUUGUCUCAGGUCCCAUCAACAGAGAUCCGGAACCCCCGACUCCGCCCAUGUCUCUCGAAAGCCAAGGGCAUGGACAGGCAUCGCACCCGGCUCUCAGCCACGGCGGCAUCCCUUGGUACGUGGAACAAUUCGACCCCAGUGGCACGACGAUCUUCGAAGAACGUUGGACUGGGCAGCAAGUCCUUAGAGAGAUGAGCGAGGAAUUGUCCGAGAUGGACGAAGAUGAGCUCCAGGGCUUGGGAGACGAAAAAAGCUUGGCUGUCGAUCAAUCGGAGGGCAUUGUGGUCGACGACGCGGACAUAUUGAUUGCAGAGGGCGGGAGAACCACUAGGGGUGGGAGGAAAGGGAAAGCAAAGAGGGGUACUGGUGGCGAAUGGGGCGACAAGAGCUUCAAGCAGCGACGAUGGCGAUGA